AUGCACUUAUGUGUCUGCAAGCCGCCGCAAGAAGAAGAAUAUGAUGCAGCGCUGGAGUCAUCUUCUUUAAGUUAAUUUGAGUAUAGGUUAAAAUAAUAGUAUAGCCUAUACAAAUAAUAGACAAUAAUACAACGUCUCUUUUUCGAUUAAUAUAAAAUAAAAAUCGAGCCAGUGUUGUAUAAGUCAUAGUUAAGGCUGCAGCGCAAUGGCAAACCGUAACCUAAAACAGGUGAAUAUUCAAAACAAUGCUAACGUUACAUCCCCGCACCCGCAGAAUGUGAAGCACAGCGCGGAAUCUUCCCCAGAUCCCAGCGAAAAGAUGGAGGCGGCUGCUCCAUCACCGCGGGACUCUAGUCCUGCAAACACUGCGCCUCAAGAGAUGGCUUUAGACCCCAAGAACUUCAGGAGACCCGGGGAGAAAACAUUCACUCAGCGGUGCAGACUGUUUGUUGGUAAUCUCCCAUCAGAUAUGACGGAGGAAGAUUUCAAGAAGCUUUUCUCCAAAUAUGGCGAGGCAAAUGAGGUUUUCAUCAACAGAGAUCGAGGAUUCGGCUUCAUACGCCUGGAGACAAGGACACUUGCAGAGAUUGCUAAGGCUGAGCUGGACGGCACGGUGCUGGGGAACAGGCCCAUCCGGAUUCGUUUUGCCACCCAUGGGGCUGCACUCACAGUACGAAACCUCUCACCAGUGGUGUCUAAUGAGCUUCUUGAACAGUCCUUCUCACAGUUCGGCCCAGUUGAGCGGGCAGUCGUGGUGGUUGAUGACCGAGGACGACCCACAGGCAAGGGAAUUGUGGAGUUUGCCAAUAAGCCUGCUGCUCGAAAAGCCUUGGACCGCUGUGCAGAUGGAGCCCUUUUGCUUACAAUGUCCCCUCGUCCAGUCAUUCUUGAGCCAACAGAACAGUUUGAUGAUGAAGAUGGUCUACCAGAAAAACUGUUGCAAAAAUCAGCACAGUAUCACAAGGAACGGGAGCAUCAGCCACGCUUUGCACAGCCUGGCACCUUUGAGUUUGAGUACUCAUCUCGCUGGAAGGCUCUGGAUGAGAUGGAGAAACAGCAGAAGGAACAAGUUGAACGGAACAUACAGGAGGCAAAAGAGAAAUUGGAGGCUGAAAUGGAGGCUGCCAAACAUGAGCAUCAACUCAUGAUGAUGAGACAAGAUCUCAUGAGACGUCAGGAGGAACUGCGACGCUUGGAGGAGCUCAGGAAUCAGGAGUUGCAGAAACGCAAGCAGGUUGAGAUGAGGCAUGAAGAAGAGAGACGUAGACGUGAGGAAGAUAUGAUGCGUCAUAGAGAGCACCUUGACAUGAGACGCCAACCAGAUGGAUUCAAGCCCAGUUGCAUGGAGAGUAGAGAACAGGAUUCGAGAAUGAAUGAAAUGGGUACCCGUGGAGCCAUUAAUAUGGGAGAUUCAUUUAACCCUGUUGCUGCGGUUAGCGGUAACCAAGGCCCCUCACAAAUGAUGGGCAUAGCAGGCCGAGUAGCCAUGGGGCCUGAGGGAUCAUCAAAUAUGGGGACACACCUGAUUCCAGAUAACGGAGUAAUGCAUAAUGAGCGGUUUUCCGAAGGAGGAGGUCUUCCGAUGGGUUCUCCCGUGGGUGGGCGGACUGGUGUUGACUCCCCUCAGCAGCAGCAGCACUCAUCCAUGGUGGUUGGGGCAGGUCCUGUUCCUGGUGUAGUUGGCCAAAGUGGCUUUGGGAGAGGAAGUCCAGUUGGGGGAAACUUUGAUGGGCCGAUCAACAAACGACAUAGAUACUAAUGUUUGUUUUCUCUGGAAAUUAUGCUAACACAUGUAUACAUUGAAGCAACUUGACUCAUGAUUUCUGAUAAAUUACCAUAUGACCAACUGACUAUUAUGUCUAAAAUGGACAGAAAUAGCAUGAACCAGGCCCUGUGUUAAUGUGAAACACUGUCAUGAAUUAUUAAAUGCCAUUUGAAUCAGCUUGUACUUGACAAAAUAUCCUAAACCAAUCGUAGAUUGCUUAUGUUGUGGUGUGUGUGUGUGUGUGUGUAUAUAUAUAUAUAUAUAUAUAUAUACAUAUAUAAUAUUAUUAUUAUUAUUAUUAUUAUUAUUAUUAUCUGCAAAUACGCUGUUUUCCUGUCAAUAAGUGUUUGUGGAACUUGCAAUUGUUUUUUGUUUUUUUUCUAGAAAAUUCAAAAUUCUCUUGCUUUCUGGUUUAGAAUGUCAGUGCUUUGAAUAAAUGUUUUUAAAUAAUUAUGUGCAUUUGUGGUUGUCACGGAUUAAAAAAAAGUCCUUAUUGAUACUAUUUAGUAACACCAUUCUAGUUGCAGAUUCUGAGUAAAUGGCACAUACAAAUGGUUCCAUAUGUUUUCUUAUUUUAAUAAAUAAUAUUUUAAUGACUUUUGAUGUUUAAUUUUAUUUUACUGUUUAGGGCCAUUCGCACUGUGUUUAACCCAGUUAAACACACUCCCGUGCUCAUGCGCACCACUACGAAAGUCAGGACAAGCCUUAUUUACUGUACAUGCGGAAUAUUUGCUUGAAAAAUCACUCAAAAUUGUUGUGGUUAAUACUUUUUUUAAUUUAAUCAUCUAAUUAAGUAAUCACUAAGUAUAUUGUUUGAGUUCAAUUUCAAAUGGAAAGUUUGUGCAAUAUGUUUGUUUUUGUGCAAGAAUGCCUCAACCUUUUAAUAUUGGCAUUAAAUAAUUACUUUUUCACA